AUAUAUAUAUGUGUGUGUGUGUGGAUUGUAGAGAGAGAUAGAGAAUGGAGGUAGAGAGAGAGAUGGGUUUGAGUGAGAAAGAGAGAGAGAUAGGAUUCAGUGAAGAACAGGAGAGAUUAGUGAAGGAAUCAUGGGAGAUAAUGAAGGAAAACAUUCCUGCUCUCAGUCUCCAUUUCUUUACACAGGUAUUGGAGAUCGCACCUGCAGCAAAGGGGUUGUUUUCAUUCCUGAAAGAUGCAGAAGAAAUCCCCCAAGAUAACCCCAAGCUCAAAGCCCAUGCUGUUAAAGUAUUCAAGAUGACAUGCGAGGCUGCGAUUCAACUGAGGGAGAAAGGAGAAAUCGUGGUUUCUGGUUCUACCCUCAAAUGGCUGGGAUCUGUUCAUGUUCAAAAAGGAGUUAUUGAUCCUCACUUUGAGGUGGUGAAGGAAGCAUUGAUAAGAACCGUGGAGAAGGGAGUGGGAGAUAAAUGGAAGGAAGAUAUGAAAGGGGCUUGGUCCGAAGCUUAUGAUCAGUUGGCUGCAGCCAUCAAAGCCGAAAUGAAACAAGACGUCGCACAAGAAUCCAAUACCUCGGCUUAAUUUAUUAAGACCGAUUUAAAAUUACAAGAUAAAUUAUGAUUAUUGGUUGAAUUAUGAAAUGUCAAAUAUGCAUGGAUGAAUACAAUAUUUGUGUUUUUUUAUUUAAGGGUCGUCUGGUAAGUGUUUACCUUAUUGAAUUAAAAUAAGAAUAACCAAGUAUAUACAUGGUAAGAGCAAUGAUGAUGAUUGAGAAUCCUAUUCGAUAAGUGAGGGUACGACUCUUACUAGGUUAGUGCUUACCAUGUAAUUUGUUAUAUAUGAUGCUAUUUUGAUGGACUA